AUGCUGGCCCGCGUGGCUCCCAAGCUCCGCCUGAGAAGACGAGAGGAGCUGGAAGAGGGGCAGGAGGAGGAGGAGGCGGAGCAGGGAGUGCGUGAACCCGAGGUCGUGAUCCGCCUCACGUCUACUUGCGCCAGAGUUAAGGAUGAAGUUCGUUACAAUUUCACGUCGGGCGUGUACGAGGUAGUGCGGGACCAGCAGCUGACGCUCGACCUCCUGACGCUGCCUUCUAGGGUUAUCCACAAGGGAAACCAUCUGGAGGCGCGGAUGUUCUUCGAACCCCUGCGGAGAGAGCAAGACAACGCAACUGACGAGGCCAACAGGGAACUUGAGGAACUAUAUGGCGGCAUUGUCUCCAAGGAAGAGCUGGCCAGGCUAGACUCGCAGCCGAAUCCUUUCAACUUCAGUGAAAGAGUGUCCCAAACUACCAGACUAAAUAUCAAAAAUCUGGCUAUGCAGACGGAGCCACCACCCAGCACUGCAUUUUCAGUAAAUGUAAGCCUUGGAGAAAUAUUUGAUGCCUACAUCAAAGACUACGAAAAGAUAUUAGAAAAGGAAAAGGAACGCGAAAAGGAGAAGGAAAAAGAAAGAGAAAGGGAAAGAGAAAGAGACAGAGAAAGAGGAGCACUAAAAGGGAAACAGUCUCCCCGCGUGGCGCCCGAACCUCUUCCUCCGCCUACUCUCCGCACACACAGCUAUGGGGAUGAGUCCCUGGACCUGCCUGGCAUCAGGAGGACUGUCAUGGUGUUAGAAAGAAUGGUCAACCAAAACAUAUAUGAUGACAUAACACAAGAUUUCAGAUACUGGGAGGAUGCAAGCGAUGAGUACCGUUGCAUGGAGGGCUCGCUGUUACCUCUGUGGAAGUUCCACCAUGACAAGUCAAGAGCACUCUUGGUCUCCGCCGUGUGUUGGAGCCCUGUAUAUCACGAUCUGUUUGCUGCUGCUUAUGCUACAGGGGAGUUAGGAGGACCCUUAGGCGAAGGGAUGCUGUGCAUUUUUACCCUGAAGAACCCGUCAACACCGGAGCGAGUAUUGCGUGCUCCAUGUGGAGUUACAUGCGUUCAUUUCCACCCUAAGCACGGCAGCGUAGUAGCAGCAGGCUGGGCGGACGGCACGGUGGUGGUGUAUGACACUCGGGCAGUCUCGCCCCUCAUGAUCUCGUCCAGCACACUGGGCGGGAAGCAUCUGCUUCCUGUCUCUCAGGUACGGUGGGUGUACACAGAACCCGGUGAAGACCUGUGCUUGUACUCUGUGUCCCUUGAUGGCCGCGUCACUCAGUGGCAUCUUCAUGCUUCCGAUCUCGUCCAUACCGACAUACUUAAUUUCACUACUGUUGACCAGCUCACCAAGCCCCCACCUGCCUUCGAUAAGGUGCACCUUGAAGGUACAGGAACGUGUAUUGCUUUUCGUCCUGACGAUGAAGGUGUAUUGCUCGUUGGAGUUGACACGGGCGUCGUAUUUCAGUGUUCAACUUCCUCAACAACGCAUGCCCUCAUACGUUAUCCUGCCCAUACUGCUGCUGUUAGAGAGAUUGCAUGGAAUGAACAUCACUACAGCGUAUUUAUAACCUGCUCUGUGGACUGGACAGUGAAAGUGUGGCAUCAACACCAUUUAUCACCCCUCAUCACUCUGGACUUGGGAGGUGCAGUAGCUGGUGUCACAUGGUCGCCAUACAGCAGCAGUGUAUUUGUGGCGAUCACGGACGAAGGCCGUGUACAUGUGUAUGAUCUGUUCCUACGUAAAUGUAAACCACUCUGUGUUCAAACCCUCGUCCACCGACGGCGCGUAGCAGCAGCAUGCGUGGCGUUUAAUCCUUUUCAUCCCAUUAUACUAGUGGGUGGUGACAAAGGCACUCUGUUAUCCCUCAAGCUGUCUCCCAACCUGAGAAAGGUACACAAGGACGCCAAAGGAGCGGAUGAUAACAAGCUGAAGGAGAUCGAGCAGUGCAAAAUGGAGAGACUUAUUGCAACAAGCAAAGGAUAGCGUUGCCCAUCGAUGCUGCUUAACACUUAAUAACAAAAGUUUGUAAAUCUGCAUUAAUCAAGGUAAUCAUCGUAACAUUAUCGGUGAUAAUUAUAGCAACAGCAGUUAUAAAAGUAAGAUGUUAAUGUGAUGAUAGCAAUAGUGAUUAUUAUAUCUGGAUCCUCAUGAUAUUAAUACAAAGGAAAAUAAUGAUGUUAGUGAUGAUUACGUCAAUUAUGCUGCAACAACAUUAAUAGAUAAAUAAUGAUCAUAUUGACUAUAUUAAUGUUA